UCUUAUAUCCUAUAAACACACUCAACCUUCUUCUCCAAUGGCUUCCAGUGGCUACCAUCUCUUAUUCAUUCCAGAGAAAGCUAGAGCUUCUGAUCUUCUUACCCUUCUCUUCUCUUCAAAAAGCCUUUCAAAUUAUGAGUUCAUUGAUAACAAUUACACUAACCUUCCUCCAAUGAACAUCACCACUAGACUCCUCAUCUUCAUCUUCUUGAUCUUUUCAAUCAUCUCCUCUUCAUCUUCUUUUUCCAAAGCAUGGAACAAGUUCGAAAAUUGCUUGGAGUAUUUCCUUAACAAGUUGUAUCUCAAUGGAGGCCUCUUUGGACUUUUUUGGCACACCUUAACAGGUUCAGUUAUAAGACCUCAUCCCAAGGCAGCUAAUUAUAGAUCAAUCAAAAGUUUUGAAUCUGGUGAAGUGGAAAUACCAAAAAAUUUGAUUUCGUUGGUGGAGCUUGAACUAAAUUUAGACGAAAUGGAUACAAGGUCUCAAGGUACAUCAUCAUCAUCAAUCAUGGAGCUUGCUGCAUUAGCUUCAAUUUUAGGCAUAUGAAAAUGAAGCAAGGAUCAAAGACACAGUUGAUAACAAAUGGCAGUGAACAUCAAUGCUUAUGAAACUGAAGCAUUUAUCUGUUGUGAUAAAAAAGAGGAUCCAAAUUUAAUUAUUGUGGCAUUCCGUGGCACCACUGAUCUUAAUGAUUGGAAAUGUGACUUCAAUUUGAGUUUAAUAAAAAUGAGUGACAUGGGAAUGGUCCAUAUGGGAUUUAUGACUUCUUUAGGACUUGAUACCAAAAAAGCAUGUUCAGGAAAUAAUUGGGAUAUUAACAAAGGUUUCCCAAAAGAUUACACUGGGAAUAAACCUUUGGCAUAUUAUUCCAUAAGAAAAGUCGUCAAAAAUCUUGUGAGAAAACACAAGAAUGCAAAGAUUUUAUUAACCGGUCAUAGUUUGGGUGGUGCACUAGCAAUUUUGUACACUUCACUGCUUGCUAUGCAUGAAGAAAAUGAUUUGAUGAAAGAAAUAAGUUGUGUUAUCACUUUUGGACAACCAAGAGUUGGAGACUCUAUUUUUGGUGAUACCAUGUUGAAAAUUAUAGGAAAGAAAUAUAUUCGAAUGGUUUAUAGAUACGAUAUUGUUCCUCGUAUUCCAUUUAAGCUCCCUUUCGUACUCAAAUUCGAUCAUUUCGGUGCUUGUAUCAGCUACCAUGGUUGGUAUUUUGGGAAGAUGGUGAAGAGGUUGCCAAAUAUGAACUAUUUCAAUGUGUUUUAUUGCCAAACCAUGUUUUGGGAUGCAGUGGUGGAUUUGUUGAGGGCAAUUUGGGGAAUUAAGAACGGAGAAUGGGAAGGAGUUAUGGCCACAUUGUUUAGGGGGUUUUGGAUUAUUUUUCCUGGUGUAGCUUUUCAUAAUACAAGGGAUUACCUUAACUCUGUAAGGAUGGCCAAGAUUGCACAAUAAGUAGGUUGGGUCAAUGCCCUUUUAGGUGUAAUAGGAUGAGAUUGAUGGAUUAUUUAUGAGAGUUUAUUUUUCUUUUGUAUAUUUAUUUUUAUUUUUAUUUUUAUCUGUAUAUUUAUUGUAAGUGUAAUUUGCAAAUAUAUCCCUUAAUAAAAUUCAAAAUUACUAUAA